CGUGUGGCUUUUAAGGGGCGGCCCGUCGCCUGAGAGGGAGGUUCCUCUGAACAGCGCAGCUCCGCUCAUUCUCGCUCCCCUCGCAGCAAAAGCAGAACGAUGGCAGAAGCCGCUCCCGCUCCAGCCGCCGCCGCGCCGGCCAAAGCUCCCAAGAAGAAGCGCGCCGCUCCGCCCAAGAAAGCCGGCCCCAGCGUCGGCGAGCUCAUCGUCAAGGCUGUUUCGCAGUCUAAGGAGAGGAGCGGCGUGUCUCUCGCCGCCCUCAAGAAAGCUCUGGCUGCCGGCGGCUACGACGUGGACAAGAACAACUCCCGCGUCAAGAUCGCCGUUAAGAGCCUCGUGACGAAGGGCACUCUGGUGCAGACCAAAGGCACCGGCGCCUCGGGUUCCUUCAAGCUUAACAAGAAACAAGUCGAGCCCAAGAAGAAGCCGGCAAAGAAAGCCAAGAAGGCGGCCGCCAAAAAGCCCGCCGCUGCUAAGAAGCCCAAGAAGGUAGCAGUGAAGAAGCCCGCGGCCGCUAAGAAAUCGCCGAAGAAAGCCAAGAAGCCGGCGGCCGCCAAGAAAGUCGCCAAGUCUCCCAAGAAACCUAAGAAGCCCGCGGCACCGAAGAAGGCGGCCAAGAGCCCGAAGAAAGCGAAGGCGGUCAAACCCAAAGCUGCCAAGCCCAAGGCGGCGAAAAAGGCCUCCCCCAAGAAGAAGUGAACGCGCCGUUUUACCUUCGUGUCCCGUUUUCCCCGCUCAAAAACGGCUCUUUUAAGAGCCCCCCACAUUUUCCACUGAAGGAGCUUGGUUUUCUUUCGCUCUGCACAACGUCUAAAACCUCCCAGACGGUACCUGCAGGUGAUCGAUGCAGUAGCUGAACUGUAGUUACAUGGCUGAGAGUGAGGGGGGAAUGGGCGCAGUGCAGGCGUGCAGUGUGAGUGUCUGACCAGCGAUACGAACAUCACGUACAUAGUGAAUGUGUAGCGCUGCGUUAGUGGAGUAAGAGUUAAGCGGGAAGAUCACCGUGUGUGUGUGUGUGUGAAAAGCGUUCUGCUCAGUUUUUACCCAGAACUACUAACUAAGAUCAAGCCGCGCUCCAGUGACACGAGGGGCUGAAUAAAAGCAGCACCGAACAUGUAGUUUAGUUAUUAAUGUGCUGAUCAGAGAAAACACGGAGCACAAAGACCAGUCGCCACAAAAAAAUGUGAACCUGCAAGCAGCGGAGUAAGAGAGACUUUGGUAACGUGUGGAAACGUCGUGUUACUGAGUGACUUCCUGAAUUACUGGGUUUGUGGGGCUCUGGAAAUAAAAUGUGAAUAAAAUGAGAA